AUGCCUCUCCAUCAAUAUGACUACAUAUUCGCCAUUGGCACCGUAUUCGCAUUCCUGGAUGCGUGGAACAUUGGUGCCAACGAUGUUGCCAACUCGUGGGCAACCUCGGUCUCGUCACGGUCUAUCUCUUACAUUCAAGCCAUGACCCUCGGGUCCAUCCUCGAGUUUGCCGGCUCGGUUGGUGUCGGUGCCCGUGUCGCAGACACCAUUCGCACCAAGAUUGUGGAUAUCGACCUAUUCGAGAACGACCCGGCUCUCCUCAUGCUUGGAAUGACUUGUGCUAUUGUGGCCUCCUCCAUCUACCUCACCUUUUGCACCAAGAUUGGUCUCCCGGUGUCAACCACUCACUCAAUCAUGGGAGGCGUCAUCGGCAUGGGUAUCGCACUUGUUGGUGCCGAUAACAUUCACUGGGUCUCUCCUAGCGGCGGCAUUGAUUCUGGUGUUGUGUCGGUCUUCCUUGCAUGGAUCAUCGCCCCUGGUAUCUCCGGUGCAUUCGCAGCCAUCAUCUUCACCAUCACCAAGUACGGCGUCAUGUUGCGGAAGAAUCCGGUCAUGAAGGGACUGGCUUUGGUGCCCGUGUACUUUGGUAUCACCGCCUCACUCUUGACUAUGCUGAUUGUCUGGAAGGGCGGGUCUAUCAAGGUUACCUUCAACGAUGCCGAAACCGCCGGCAUGAUCAUUGGUGUUGGUGCCGCCUGGGCUCUCCUCAUCACCAUUUUCUUUCUUCCCUGGCUCUACCGUGUGGUCGUCAAGGACGAUUGGCAACUGCGUUGGUAUCACAUCGCCCUCGGCCCCCUUUUGCUCCGUCGGCCCGAGCCCCCUGCUCAGCCUGAAGGCAACGGCGGUGGUAUCCGCGACUUCUACGCCGGGCACAUGACCAAAGAGGAGCUUGAAGUCGCUCGCAGCGGUGGUGUUGUUCAAACGAAUAGCAACGACAUCGAAACUGGCUCUGCUGAUGGAGAGAAGAAGGUCGUCCAGGACUCUACCGACUCCCCUGCAGCCACUCUUCCCCGCAAGGACUACGUCCACAAGCCCAUCGUGGGGCCCCGUCCUGAGGGUCCUUGGCACAACGGCGCCGUUCUCUUCUGGAUGGUGAAGAAGGUCUUCCUCUCUGGUGUCGAUCAGGAUAUUAUCAAAAUGCAAAAGAAGGAGAGCGUCCUCACUGGUGACUUGGAGGAGAUGCACGCCCGUGUCCAACACUACGAUAACAAGGCUGAGUUUCUCUACUCGUUCAUGCAAGUUAUGACCGCAUGCACCGCUUCAUUCACGCACGGUGCCAACGACGUGGCCAAUGCCAUUGGACCUUACGCCACCAUCUUCCAGAUUUGGAACACAGGUGUUCUCUCUGGCAGCAAGUCUGAGGUCCCAAUCUGGAUUCUCUGCUUCGGCGGUGCUGGUAUUGCUCUUGGUAUCUGGACUUACGGAUACAACAUCAUGCGAAAUCUGGGUAACCGCUUGACCCUUCAUUCGCCUGCUCGUGGUUUCUCUAUGGAGUUGGGUGCUGCCUGCACAAUUAUUUUGGCUACACGUCUCAAGCUUCCUGUAUCAACUACACAGUGCAUCACUGGUGCUACCGUAGGUGUCGGCCUUUGCUCCGGUACUUGGCGAUCAAUCAACUGGCGCAUGGUUGGCUGGAUCUACAUGGGUUGGAUCAUUACGCUGCCUACUGCUGGUAUCAUCUCCGGAUGUCUCGCGGGCGUCAUCGUCAACGCGCCUCGCUGGGGCAUGGCGAGCUAA